UUUAAUAGCCCGUUGUCCAAAUUAGUCAAACCCGACCUCCAAACUUUUCCCCAUCUUCUCUACUGUGUCCAAAUAACCGCUCUAACACAAAUCCACCACCUGAAUCACUCCCAUAUCCCUCCAAAUAUAAACCGUCACCGUUCCGUUAUGUACACCACAAAGCUCCGCCGGAAAGUAGCUCCGGCGGCAAACGGAGACAUCGACAGCAACUCCGCCGAAAAACAAGACCAGCUUCUCCUCUCCGCCGCCAUCUGCAACGGGGAAGACCUCGGCCCAUUCAUCCGCAAAGCCUUCGCUUCGGGAAAACCAGAAAUGUUACUUCACAGCCUCCGUCACUUUGCUCGCUCAAAAGAGUCAGAAAUCGAAGAAGUAUGCAAGGCACACUAUCAAGACUUCAUCUUAGCUGUCGAUGACCUCCGAUCUUUACUCUCCGACGUCGAUUCACUUAAAUCUGCACUCUCCGACUCGAACACCAGACUUCAAUCUGUUGGUGGACCUUUAUUAACCGCUCUUGACUCUUAUAUCGAGGCACAAACCGUUUCUCGUAAUGUAAACUUAGCUUUGGCUUUAAUAAUUUCAUGUACUAAACUGAUGGAGCUCUGUUCGCGAUCCAAUUAUCAUUUAUCUAAUAAUAAUUUUUACAUGGCGUUGAAAUGUGUAGACACGAUUGAGAGUGAGUAUUUAGAUAAAACGCCAUCAUCUACAUUGAAAAGAAUGAUGGAGAAAAAGAUACCAGAGAUUAGAUCGCAUAUAGAGAGGAAAGUGAAUAAAGAGUUUGGUGAUUGGCUUGUCGAGAUCCGUGUAGUUAGUCGUAAUUUAGGUCAAUUAGCAAUUGGUCAAGCAUCCGCUGCUAGGCAACGAGAAGAGGAUUUGAGAAUUAAACAGAGACAAGCUGAAGAGCAAAGCCGUCUUAGUUUAAGAGACUGUGUUUAUGCUUUGCAAGAUGAAGAUGAUGAGGAUGGUUUUAGUAUUGGAGAUGAUGGUAAAGAUGGUUAUAGUAAUAAUGGAUUGUUAGGAUUUGAUUUGACUCCUUUAUAUAGGGCUUAUCAUAUCCAUCAGACUUUAGGUCUUGAAGAUAGGUUUAAGCAGUAUUAUUUCGAGAACAGGAAGCUUCAAUUGACCUCUGAUUUUCAGGUCUCGUCCAUGACUCCUUUUCUUGAAUCUCAUCAAACAUUUUUUGCACAAAUUGCUGGCUUUUUUAUUGUUGAAGAUCGUAUUUUGAGGACUGGAGGGAGUUUGAUUUCGAGGAUGGAUGUUGAGAAUUUAUGGGAGACUGCUGUUAGUAAGAUGUGUUCUGUUUUAGAAGACCAGUUUUCACGGAUGCAAACUGCAAAUCAUCUUUUGCUUAUAAAGGAUUAUGUGAGUUUGUUAGGUGUCACUUUAAGGAGAUAUGGUUAUCCUGUUGAUGCUUUAUUAGAUGUUUUGAGCAAGCAUAGGGAUAAGUAUCAUGAGUUGUUGUUGUCUGAUUGUCGUAAGCAGAUUGCUGAGGCUCUUGCUGCUGAUAAGUUUGAGCAAAUGUUGAUGAAGAAAGAGUAUGAAUAUUCAAUGAAUGUGCUUUCUUUUCAAUUGCAGACAUCGGAUAUUGUACCUGCAUUUCCUUUUGUUGCACCAUUUUCUUCCACAGUGCCAGAUUGUUGUCGAAUUGUGCGGUCCUUUAUUGAAGAUUCUGUCAGUUUUAUGUCUUAUGGUGGACAGCUUGAUUUCUUUGAUGUUGUUAAGAAAUAUUUGGACCGACUUUUAGGUGAGGUUUUGGAUGAAGCUUUGUUGAAGCUUACAAAUACAUCUGUCCAUGGGGUUUCCCAAGCUAUGCAGGCUGCUGCAAAUAUGGCUGUGAUGGAACGUGCUUGCGAUUUCUUCUUCCGUCAUGCUGCACAGCUCUCUGGCAUUCCGUUGAGAAUGGCAGAGAGGGGUAGGAGGCAGUUUCCACUAAACAAAGCUCGUGAUGCAGCGGAAGAGAUGCUGUCUGGUUUGCUUAAACAGAAGGUUGAUGGUUUCAUGACAUUGAUUGAGAAUGUGAACUGGAUGGCUGAUGAACCCAUUCAGAGUGGAAAUGAAUAUGUGAAUGAAGUCAUAAUAUAUUUGGAAACUCUGGUUUCAACUGCUCAACAGAUAUUGCCAGCUCAUGUUCUUAAAAAGGUUAUACAAGAUGUUCUUUCUCACAUAUCAGAGACGAUUGUUGGGGCAUUAUAUGGGGACUCUGUCAAGAGGUUUAAUAUAAAUGCUAUCAUGGGGGUUGAUGUAGAUAUACGGUUGCUGGAAUCUUUUGCUGAUAAUCAAGCUUCUUUGUUCUCUGAGGGAGACGCAAAUCAGUUGAAAUCAUCACUAGCUGAGGCAAGGCAACUGAUUAAUUUGCUUUUGAGCAGUCACCCUGAUAACUUUUUGAACCCUGUAAUUAGGGAGAGGAGCUACAAUAAAUUGGAUUAUAGGAAAGUAGUGACUGUAUCAGAAAAGUUGAGGGAUCAGUCAGAUAGACUAUUUGGAACAUUUGGGAGCAGGGGAGCUAGGCAGAACCCAAAGAAGAAAUCUUUGGAUGCAUUAAUUAAAAGGCUUAAGGAUGUGAGCUGAUCCAAUUUCGAGCUGCAGGAUUGGUUGAGAUGGGAAGCUUGAUUCAUUGUUGGAAUGAAGUUAGCAAUAACGGGAAAUAAAAUUUCCCAAUGAAACGUGGAGGAUGGCCAGACGUGCUUUAUAUGGGAGUCCAGGCUGAAAUGACGAUGACAUGAUUUUAAAAUACUUGCUUUGAUUGAAGAAGUAAGGCCUAUUUCAACUUUGUUAAUGCUCUAUGUUAAAGGAAGCCUUGUGUUCACAAUAUACUUUGAUUGCCAUUGUAUGGAUGAUUUUUAGCUGCCAUAUACAUCUCUAUCUUGUGA